CGGCUGUCAUUCUCGCUCACUUCACAGAGAGUUGCUAAAGCUGAGCUGGCUGUUGGGCUGUUUUGGGUUGGAGUGUUCCUGUCGACGACUUUCCCCUAGUGAGAGCAGUCGCUGAAGGAUUUUCUCACACCGAACUAGUCUGCUGUCCACAUUUCACACCAGUCGAGCUUAACUUUAAAUAAGAAAGGAGUUCCAGCUCUGUCACUUCGACGCUAUGGAUCCCGCCAGCCAAGAUAUCAACCUGAACUCUCCUAACAAGGGUCUCGUCACGGAUCGUUCAGACAGCCUGUCCGACGUGCCGGUGGAGGGUGCGGUGGGGAACUCGGCCAACCCUCUUCCACCUGGCCUGACGGAGGAAGAGGCCGAGGAGCUCCGCACCGAGCUCACCAAGGUGGAGGAAGAGAUCUGCACCCUGCGUCAGGUUCUGUCAGCCAAAGAGCGACACGCCACAGAGCUGAAGAGGAAGCUUGGCCUCAGCCCGCUCGGCGAAUUAAAGCAGAACAUCAGCAAGAGCUGGCAAGACGUACAGACCUCCAACGCAUAUCUGUCUGCCUCAGCCACUUUGGAUGACAUUGCCCACUCUGAAGUAUACAAGAAGACUCAGGAGACUCUUUCCCAGGCGGGACAGAAGACCAGUGCCGCUCUCACCACAAUGGGCACGGCCCUCAGCAAGAAACUGGGCGACAUGAGAGCUCUACCUUUCUCUAAUUCCUUUAGUAGCAACUAUUCCAUUCGCCACUCGAUAAGUAUGCCGGCCAUGAGGAACUCUGCCACCUUCAAGUCAUUUGAGGAUAAAAUGGGGAACCUGAAGUAUAAGGUUGUCGGCCCCAGAGGAAACGGGGACGCCGUCAGCUCCCCGACUGACACCACCCCCACUCAGGAGAACCCGCCUUUCUGAAUGCAUCCCUCCUUUUCCUCCUCCUCCUCCUCGUCCUCCUCGCUGCCACCUUCCUCACAACCUGAGACUGUACUGCCAUCACCUCACAUCGCAGAGUGACCCCGCCGCCUCACCGACUCGACACCACUCACUUUGCCCCAAGGUCCUGUAAACUCUGACAGGCGGAGGCGACUCGGGGGUUUGAGGUGGGGCGAGCUUCUCCCCGCUGGUCCCGCGGCCUCCGUUCUUCUGCCUCGCUGCUGAGGAAAAGGGAAAAUGUUUUGUUGAUGUCUGAACCUGAAUAAUUUACAGGCCUUACUUUGUUACAUCUCCACCUCCUACCUCCGCUCCCUCCCCAGAUCCACACCUCUUUCUUAGUCCAGAUCAGUCGACACUCUGCGCUCCUCACCUUCUUUUGUUUGAAACUGUAAGCACAUCUCCCUGACUCACGAAAAGGCUAGUAAGGCAUUAUGAGAUGCCAGGCUCUUAAACUCAAGGGGAAACGUCACAUUCUGUUCUGGGAUUUGCGUUUCUUAAAGAUGCAUCUGCGGUGAUGCUUCACAAAGGAAUCCUGCAGGUGCAGCUCAGAGUUUAGGGACCAGGAUUAUGUGCACACUGAGGCUUGAGGAGCAUUUUUACGGGCAUCAGCAAAGAUGAUGGUUUAUAUGCUACUCAAAGCUACUAAUUCUGUUUAGUAUCUGGCUGUUAUCAUGUACUAAAGUCACACGUUCACACUUGGAUUAUCCCAGCCUUGUACCCAGUUUGCUUCACAGCUCUGUGGCGUGAACUACACUCACAGGUUAGUGGUGGUUAGACUGGGAGGUUGCGGGGGGACCAGGAUCCAGCACAUCUCGACCUUCUCUUAGACCCUCUACUGCUACGUGCAUGUGCAUAACUCAUCUCAGUCGUACCAACCAUGCAAAGAUGACCGAGGUCUCGUGUCACGCCCUGAAACACGCACCACAGGAUGUAAAAAAAACAAAAGAAAAAGAAAACGACCUUAAAGCAUUUUGUAUUAAGACUAUUUUACACUGCUUUGCAUAAUGUUUUUACAUAACUUUUAUCAAUAUGUAUAAAUAUAUAUGAAUAAAUAUAAUGUCAUUGAUGCUGCCGGAUGUUAGGGUUGAAGAAAAAGCAGGAGGAGGCUAAACAGACUUAAAGAAACACCGUGGGUCCGUUUCACGGGCGUCAGUUGUGUUUCCGUUGGAAGCUGAAAAUGUUCUCGUGUUCGUUAAACUGACGUUUCGUCCCCGUCCGGGCGCAAGACCGAAGCAAGAAGGAACGUAAUCGAGCUGAUUUCAUUUGACAGACUGGGCUUGUAGUUGAUCUGUGACAUGCAAGUCAAACUCCUGAGAAACGAUUUGAAACCACGUUUGGCUGUUUUUCUUUUUCCUCCGUUUGACUGCUGUUGUCCCCCGCACUGUGAGACGAUGCUUUGCUGCGUACACUACCUGGUGAAUGUUGACCCUUACCUAUCGGCCUUACUCACUUUAAAUGUUCUGAUCAGUUAGCUGAUAGAAAAGAAAUUUCUCCUUUCUGUUACUAUUAUGAUUUUUACUUUGUACAGUCUCGUUAGAUGGAAGGAAGGGCAGUUAGUGUUAAAAUAUUUAGAGUUCUGCGUGCCACAAAAUGUCAAAACUUUGCCAACGACCCCUUAAUGCACUCCUGUUAACACACUAAAUGUUUCUAAAUGCCACACUGCAUGAGGCCAAACUAACGCAAACUAAAUCCCUGUUGCUCUUAUUGUUGUGCACCUCAAACGGAGGUUCUUUCAAACUUGGCGGCCUCAGAAGCUGCGACAGGACGCCUGAAAGCGACGACUCGUGCAGCCGCGUCACUUUCCUCCUGAACGUGCGACAAGAGCAACAUCGAGUGUUGUGCUGUGUCACAAUGUUCUGCUGCUGUUUGUGAAACUUCUCAUGGAAUCUUUUCCAAAUUAGCCUCAAAGUUGCUCUUCGGGCUCGUCAUUAUCUCAAAGGCACUGAAGGCGUCAGUGGCGUCUCGCAGAGCCAAAACACUUUCUCAGCUGUUACCGACAGACGAUGUUGCUCCUGUCAGAAGGUCGCGGUGGUUUAGCGAGGCAGUGGAAAAGGCUAAAUGCCUCUGGUUACAUUUGUUUUCCAUGAUUAAAUGGCUUACGGGGCUUAAACUUGCUUGUAGACCAACAAAAGAGCAGCGAGACGAAACCGAAACGGCUCGAGGUGACAGAGUUGGACUUCAAUGAACAAACAUGAAAUGAAGAUAAACUGCGUAUAAAAAGAAAUUACCAUCAAACUGCUUCAAAGCUGCUGCCAAUGUAUCAUAAGUGUAAUUUUCUUGUUUUGUUUGUGUUGAACAGUAUAUUCCUGUCAGGUGAAUUGGUAUGCUUUCUUUUGGCUUUCUGUCCGUCUCUGGACUUGGGAGAACAUUUGUUAUUUGUGCAAAUAAUUUGCCAUCAGUUAAAAACAAGUUGCCAGUUUCUGUUACGAAAUCCCUCUCUUUCUGCCUCUGAAUCGUAUGGCUUCACUAAGAUGAAAAAUGUGAUGCACACUAUCAAGACGUGUUAAACACAAGUCAUUUACUUCAGGACCGACUUCUAAAGUUGUAGUUUUCUUACACAAAGUGGAUAAAUUCACUGAUGCUUGCCGCUUUGGCCGGGCAGUGAUGUCACUCUGUGAGAGAAACAUACAAUUUGAGGACUGAAUUAAAUGGCUUGCUGAGAUGGAAGUUCAUCUGCAGCGUAGCCGUUGCCUAGUUUAGAGCUGCAGUCCUCCUCGGGGGGGAGUGAUGUUGAAAAGGAUGAUGUGCUUUUUGUUUUGUUUUGGGUGCCACUGGAAAGCAGCACACGUUGAGCCCGCUCAGUCGGCCUGCAGAGGCUGGAGGACAGUAGAGUACUUAUAGCUUUAUUUAGGUCCUGGGAUGGGCUGGUAUAGAAUAUCAAAAGGGAUCAGAUUUGGAAGAUUAUGUUGAGUUAAUUAAAAACACUUUUUGGUUUUGUUGUAUAUGUUUGGAUAUCAAUAAAGCAUUCCUUUAAAC